ACCGACAAAUUUUACUAUUCCAUUAGAAGAAGAUUGUGCAAAUUUCAUGCAAGAGCAGUUUGGCAGUUGAAAGAUAUUUAGCAGGAGUGUUAAAAUGGAGGAAACUGAGUAACUUUAGCAGUUGACAAUUGAAUGGCGGUGAAGAGAAAAGUAUUUAUUUAGCAGGAGUGCUAAAAUGGAGGAAAGUGGGUAAGUUUAGAAUAAGUCUAGAUGGGAUAGAAGGCCGGUUGUGAGGGUAGCUCUACAAGCCAAGUGUAGCUUUCUCCCAUGGUGAUAUAGUCGAGGGAAUUUCUUUGUCUUUGUUCACCUUCCAUGAAACUUCCUCUCUCUCUCUCUGUUCAACUGCUGGAUUGUGACCGCUUUCCCGACAGUUGUUAACAAUUAAUCGUUGACUCCACCUCCAUAAUCUUUCACAAAGGGUAUUUCAGGGAUCUCUGCUGGAAUAGAAUUAUAGAGGAAGAAUUCAACAGAAACAACAAAGGAAUAAAGACUUUUUUUUAUUUUCUUUUAGCUGUGUGCUAAUGAUUCAGGUGUUUCUUAUGAUAUGUAUAAGAGAAGAAGAGAAGGAGGAGACCCGGAGAAUCCUAGGCACAAUGGAAUUAAGGAAGAGGGUCAUGUUGAAUCUGAUUCAGACCAGUCUGGUCUAGCUGGUGAUCGUAUGAGGGAACCCAGAAUGUAUGAAUGUCAGUUUUGCAAAAGAGGAUUCUCUUCUGCUCAAGCCCUAGGAGGUCACAUGAAUGUCCACAGGAGAGAUCGGGCCAUGGGUAAAGCUGCUUUUCAUGGAAGUGCUGCAUCUAAUCAUAGAAAUAAUAAUAAUAAUAACAACAACAGCAGCAACAGCAAUAAUCAUGUUAGUAUUCUCCAGCCCCAUGGUCAGAAUGGGAAACCUAGGACUUCUUUCUUUCUUGGCCUGACCUCAUUGUAUGUUCCAUAUGACCAAGAUUCUACUGUUGCUGCUGCAUCUUCUCAGCCCUCUUCUUUUGUUCUUCAUGGAGAUACAAGGGAUAAUAUAGAAGAUAACAGGCCUGAGCUUUGUACUGAGUGUCGAGCUAAAAGCUGUAGCACCCACAUCAUAGAUCAACCCAAUUUCAUGGUGGAGUGGAAAAAUCCAGCAGCUGGAGAUGGUGAUGGUGAGUUGGACCUGGAGCUUCGACUUGGAGAAAAGCCCUAAUAAAACUUGUGAUUCAAUUAUUUGGUGGAGGUUCUAAUAAUACAAGUAUUUGAAUAUGAGGGUUGAGAACUACCUAUCAAUAGCCCUGGUCUAUGUGAAAGAUACAAGAGACUGAGAGCACCUACAAUGGCUAUACUGAAACAAGAUAAUAUAUUGAUUAUAUACAUAAAUCUCCAUAGGAAUGAAGAGGUUAUGAAAUUGUGUAAGAAUUUUUCAAGAGAAGAACCAAAGGAAAUCUGAAAAGAGGAUGAAGUGGAUGUUAUUCAUUUCAGCUUACUAUAGAAAAGGAAUUAGACAGUGACAGUAAGUAGAUAUUAAGAUUCAACAUAACCAUUAAUUCUCUAUAGCCUAG